CUGUUUGACUUAGUUUUUCUGAUCUUUGCUGUGGAGGGAUGGCAUGGUGCUUCUGACUAUAGUGCCAUGUUGCCCAGAAGUCUCGUGUUAUUCAUUUCUUGAUGAAAGAGAUGAUUGAAGCAGAGAAAACAAAGUGUAGGUGGGGGUUUGUGUGAGCCAGAUUGGAGGAGGCAAUGGCAGUGGGUCAUUUAGAACCAUGCUGACUACUCUGGGUUUUUUGAAGCCCAGUGGACAGCAACUGUCUGGAAUUAAGCAGUUUCUGUGCUGCAAAUUGAUUUUGGAAAUGACAACCAUGUUUAAAUGAUGUCAGGCAGGAGAGGACUUGUUAUGAACAAGUUUAGGAAGACUGUGAGGAGGCCUAGACAUGGAGAUUGGUUGUGUUUCAGGAAGAUAGUCCAGUGGUAUACUGUAGAUGUAGGUGGUUCAAAGGGUAUCCAUUUAGAAUGUUCAGUCUUUGAGUUACAGGUUAUAGAUCAGUAAAUGCUUUUCAUACUUGAAUGUCAGAGUAGAUAUCUGAUGAUGUUGUUAAAGUACAAAUUUUGAUUUAGAAAUUCUGGGGUAAGACUUGAGAUUCUACAUAGUGAACCAAUUCCUAGUUUACGGUGGAAAUAAUAAGAAAUAAGAAUAUGGAUGAAAAUUAGAGCGUGCUCUUAGAGAAAAUAACAAAAGAAAACCCAAAAAACCAAACCCGUUGCUGGCAAGUCAAUUCCAACUCAUAGGUAACACUAUAGGACAGAGUAGAACUGCCCCAUAGGGUUUCCAAGGAGCAGCUAGUGGAUUUGAACUGCAAACUUUUAAUUAGCAGUCGAGCUCUUAAUCACUACACCACAAAAAAAAGGAUAAUGCUUAAAGAGGAGACAUUGGUGUAAAAAUCGUGUAAGAGAGAGAAAGUUUAAACUGAGACCAAGAAAUGAAAGAAUAGGAGUCAGCUUGGAGGGGAAGCAGGGUAGCAUGUUGGAAAGAAAUGGGAACAAAGGAGGCAAAUGUCUCCUUAGAGAAAACUUAAAAAUUUUCUGAUUUAUUUGUUGAUUGAUUUAUUACAAGGUUGAAAGACAAAGUGUUCAGGAAUCCUCCCAGAUUUCUCAAAAGCUUAGGGACUGGUGGUGUCAUGGUUUGAGAAUGAGGGGGGAAAAAAUACUCAAGGCAGAAAAAAAAUGAUGAAUAAAUUCCUCCCAUAUGCGAUCUUGUUGCCAGAAAGAGAACCCAUGGAGCUGUAUGAAGAAUGCAGGUGUGUGCUCUGGAGGCUGGAGCCUGUUCUGCCUGCAGUGAAAAUGCCCUCAGGGGAGAGCAUUGCCCUGAGCCUCGGAGGAAGUCGAAAACCUGUCACUCCCAGCUUACUCAACACUGUUUCCUCCCAUCCUUCUAUUUCAGGUUUUAAGUGUGGUACAGGGAGAACUAGUCUAGUCCAGGCAGCUGGGGACCUAGAGCGACCAUGUUGCACAUCCGUAAAUCACAAGUCCAGUUUCAACUACCCUGAUUAGAGUAUGGACCAAACAUUAUUCAUCGGCUUCCAAUCUGCCCGGGGCUCUGCUUCCACUCCCAUCCCUCUUAAUGAAGUGGGUUGUUCGGCUUAGAGACGACGUUCUCUCAAGAAUUCCAAAAGGUGGAGCAAGGAAAUGGACUCAGUGGUCAUUGAGGAUGUGGCCGUGAUUUUUAGCCAGGAAGAGUGGGCUUUGCUGGAUCUUACUCAGAGGAAGCUCUACAGAGAUGUGAUGCUGGAAACCUUCAGAAACCUGGCCUCUGUAGUCUCUCGAAACCUUGAUGGAGAAAGGUUAUCCAGUGAACAUAUAAUGGUGCAAUUCAUGAAGAGUAACACUUGGUCCUACGUGUUAGGAAAAAUCUCCAAAUCGUAUGGCAGUAAAAAUCAGCACAAAAACCAGAAGAAACAUCUGAGCACGUUGCCUAUUUUUAACAGAAGUCAUACAGUACAGAACUUCUGUGAAAGUAAUAAAGGCAGGCAGCCUGGGAAAACCUUCAGCCAGAUUCCAGAUCAAACUGUGCUAAAGAGAAAUCCUCCAGAAGGAAAUCCCUUUGAAUGCUGUGAGUGUGGAAAAGCCUUCAUGGAUCACUCGUCACAUAACCGUCAUGCUAGAUCUCACAGUGGAUGCAAUACCUGUCAAUCUAAGGAAUGUGGAGAAUCCUGCAGUUGUCCUCACCUAACCAUUCCUAUAAGAGCACUUACUGGAAAGAAACUCCAUAAAUGUAAGGUAUGUGGGAAGGGUUUAAUUUGUAUCUCAACCCUUAAGAAUCCUGUGACAACAUUCACUGGUGAGAAACGAUAUGAAUGUAGCAAAUGUGGGAAAGGUUUCUGUAGUUUAUUAUCCUUUUGGACGCAUGUGAGAGGUCAUAGGCAUGAAUGUAAAGAAUGUUGUAAAGCUAUUAGUCAUCCUUCAUCCCUCAUUUCACAUAAAAAAAUUUGUAAUAGAGAUAAGCUUUAUGAAUGUAAGGAAUGUGGGAAAGCAUUUAGUCAGGCUUCAUCCCUCACUCAACAUGUAAGAAUUCACAGUGGAGAAAGGCCUUAUGAAUGUAUAGAAUGUGGGAAAGCCUUUAGUCAGUCAGCACACCUCACUCAACAUAUAAGAACUCACAAUGGACAGAGGCCUUUUGAAUGUAAGGAAUGUGGGAAAACCUUUAUUCAGGCCUCAUCCCUCACUCAACAUAUAAGAACUCACAAUGGGCAGAGGCCUUACGAAUGUAAGGAAUGUGGGAAAGCCUUUAGUCGGGCCUCAUUCCUUAGUAUACAUAUAAGGACUCACAUUGGAGUGAGGCCUUAUAAAUGUAAGCAAUGUGAGAAAGCCUUUAGGCAAUCUUCACACCUCACUAAACAUAUGAGAACUCAUAGUGGAGAAAGGCCUUAUGAAUGUAAGCAAUGUGGUAAAAUGUUUAGUUGUUCUUAUUAUCUCUCUGAACACAUAAGAACUCACAGUGGAGAGAAACCUUACAAAUGUAAGCAAUGUGGGAAAGCCUUUAGACGGUCAUCACACCUCACUACACAUAUAAAAAUUCACAGUGAAGAGAGGCCUUAUGAAUGUAAGGAAUGUGGGAAAGCCUAUAGGCAAGUCUCACACCUCAUUAAACAUACAAGAACAACUCAUAGUGGAGAGAGGCCUUAUGAAUGUAAGGAAUGUGGGAAAGCGUUCAGUGAUUCCUCAAACCUCCCUAGACAUGUAAGAACUCACAGUGUUGAGAGACCUUACGAAUGUAAGGAAUGUGGGAAAACCUUUACUCAUUCCUCGUAUCUCUCUGAACAUAUAAGAACUCACAGUGGAGAGAGACCUUUUGAAUGUAAGGAAUGUGGGAAAGCCUUUAGUUAUUCUUCACACCUCACUAAACAUAUGACAACUCACAGUGGAGAAAGACCUUAUGAAUGUAAGGAAUGUGGGAAAACUUUUACUCAUUCCUCCUAUCUCUCUGAUCACAUAAGAACUCACAGUGGAGAGAGGCCUUUUGAGUGUAAGGAAUGUGGGAAAGCCUUUAGUUACUCCUCACACCUUGCUAGACAUAUAACAACUCACAGUGGAGAAAGACCUUAUGAAUGUAAGGAAUGUGGGAAAGCCUUUUGUCAUUCCUCCCACCUCACUAGACAUAUAAAAAGUCACAGUGGAGAAAGACCUUACGAAUGUAAGGAAUGUGGGAAAACCUUUAGUCAUUCCUCCUAUCUCUCUGGACACAUAAGAACUCACAGUGGAAAGAGUAGUCAAAAGUGGGGUGUUUCAUCCUUACUGCUGUAAUUUCAAACAGCAAAUUGCUGAAAGUCUGUGAUUAAAGAACAAAGCUCAGUGAGUCAGACAGCAAUACGAACUCAAAGAAAGGGUUAUUAGAGCUACUUUGUGCCUUUGAGAGAAAUGACAGUUUCAUUGUAACUGCUGUGCUGUCCUCAUCAGUGUUUGUUACUUUCUUAGUCCAAGCUAAAUUUUAUCUUUCUUAAAGUAUUUAGUUAUUACAAAUAAGGCUGCAGGGAAUAGCCUUGAGCAAAUCUGGUUUUAUAUUUCUUAAUGUUUUAUUGAUGUUAUUUUGCAUACAAUAAAAUACACUGAUCUUGUAUUUGGUUUAAGAGUGUUUUGUUUCCCUGUUUACUCCAUUUCCUUUCAUUCUUUCCUAUUGGAAAGUCAACUGUUUUACCGUUUAUAAUUAGUAAGUUUCUCAUAGGCUUGUACUUUGAGACUGAAAAUACUCUUUUUCUCAUGGUACUUUGGCCUACUAAUUUUAGUACUCAUUGAUAAUUGUUAUCUAUGAUUAUUAUUACUGUGUUUUUUACCAAAUGGUAUUUUCUGUUUCAAUCAUUUCUUCUGUGUUUAUUAAUUGGAAUUCUGCAAGGAAUAGCUUUUCCUUCUCUUCCUUUUAUUUAUUAAAUUGUCUAUACGAGUAAAUGUUAAUCCAUAUUACUUUCUUUUCUUAGCUAAAAUUGUGAAAGAUUUCAUUAUUAGGUGUGCCCUUAGGUAAGUUCCAGACCCCUGGUGGUACAGUGAUUAAACAUUCAACUAUUAACAAAAAGUCAGUAGUUCAAA